UUUAGAUCAAGAGGAAUGAUCCUACCUCAGCAGAGAAUCGUAAUACGGUUGCAAAACUGUUGUAUUCUGCAGAACACAGCCAAUCUAUAGUAUAUAUAUAUAGGAAUUAGAUAUCUGUGUGUGAUAAGUGAAAUAGAAAACGUGUCGACCACAAACGAGCAAUCUUAUUUCUAACUGUGUACAGCUUAAAAGGGGCAGAGCCAUCAUCAGUCAUUAUAUGUUUGAGAAGAAAUUUGAAAUUCAUGAAAAAUGUCUGAAAUAAAUCCAGAAGUGCUCAAAGUAUUCGGCUUUUGGAGUAGCAUUUUGGUUUUAAAAAUGCUGAUGAUGGUACUGUUAACUGCACGACAGCGACUUCGAAAACACGUACUGGCAAGUCCAGAAGAUGAUGUCUUAAGUAAAGGCAAAGCUGUUUACAAUGAUCCAGAUGUGGAGCGUGUACGUAGAGCACACUUGAACGAUUUGGAAAACGUUCUUCCUUGGUUCAUAAUCACAUACUUUUGGCUAGGAACAGGACCUUCACCAUGGUUAGCCAAAACUUUGAUACAAACCUUUGUACUUUCCCGUAUAGGUCACACUAUAUCAUAUGUAAUUUUCCAACAACAACCCCUGAGAGCGAUAACUUUUGCUGUAGCAUUUGGAAUUACAGGUUACGAAACAUUUAAGACAUUAUUGUACUAUUACUAAUUGUUUAAGUAUACAUAAAUCGUGAAAUAAGCUAUAC